CUCCCUCCAUACUCCUCCUCAUCAGCAGCUACUGCAGCAGCAGUGCCUCCCGCAUCCAUGAAGAAAGCCCCUCAGCACGGCAGCGCCUCCGCCGCGAUGGGCCGCGAGCUAUUUACUGCGUUGUUGUGUUGAUAUUGAGAUAUUCCAGUUAUCAAAUAUGAAUCAUGCAUUUGAUAUUUCUGGCCACUUUGCUCGUCAGCAUCCUCUCGCCUUGGCUUCAUCCAUCACUAGCGUCAUCCGUUUCUCAAGGAGUCGAGGACAAGGUUGAGAGGGACGCAGUGCCGGCUCUGCUGAAGCAACAGGCAACUGCAGCACCUGCUCCAGACAACAGAACACAGCAUGCGGUAGAGCAUGUGAUCACCUACCCCUCACGGUUGAUCUACUACCUGAAUGAGGACUCGGAGAGUACCUACCAUGACCUGGACACUCGCACCAAGACACAAGGCUCAGAAGGCCAGGCAGUCCAUCUCGCCCAGGCUAGUUUCCAGUUAGAGGCAUUUGGAACAAGAUUUGUUCUGGAUCUAACACUGAACAAUGACUUGCUGUCGUCAGAUUACGUCGAGAUCCACUUUGAGGGGGGGAAACCUGUCAUGUCAAAGGGAGGUGAGCACUGUUACUACCACGGCCAGGUGAGAGGGAAUGAAAACUCCCACGUGGCCUUAUCUACCUGCAACGGGCUGCACGGGAUGUUUGAUGAUGGAGUCUACAUGUACCUAAUUGAGCCUUUACAACAGGCUCAUUCAAUCGAUACAGCUGCAAGGCCUCACAAACUCAGGAGAGCAGCCUCCCUUAACUGGAGUGAUGAUUCAGAGGAACAGGCAGCUGGGGAGGAGCAGCUCUUCUCCGAGCUCGAUGACUUGUCCUGGCUGAGGCGCAGGAAAAAGCGAGCAAUGCCUCGGAGUGUAUUUGAGGAGAUGAAGUACUUGGAGGUCAUGAUUGUCAGCGACCACAGUAUGUAUAAAAGACACAGGCACAAGCAGCACACCAGGAAUUUUGCCAAGUCAGUGGUGAAUAUUGUGGAUGCUAUCUUCAAAGAGCAGUUACAUACACGGGUGGUGCUCGUUGCUGUGGAGAUCUGGACUGACAAGGAUCAGAUCCCUAUCAGUGUGAAGCCACUGGAAAUGCUGCGGGAUUUCUCCAAGUACCGACAACAGAGCAUCAAGCAACACGCUGAUGCUGUGCACCUCAUCUCAAAUGUGACCUUUCACUACCGCAGAAGCAGUGCUGCAUACUUUGCAGGCAUGUGUUCUUUGAGCCGUGGAGUCGGGGUCAAUGAGUAUGGCACCACCUUGUCCAUGGCAGGCUCUCUGUCCCAGAGUUUGGCUCAGAACCUGGGCAUCCAGUGGGACCCGGCGUCCAAGAGAAAGGAAUGUGGUUGUGCUGACUCGUGGACCGGCUGCAUCAUGGAGGACACUGGGGUCCAACAUCCACGCAGAUUCUCCAAAUGCAGCAUCACAGACUAUAAGGAGUUCCUCCGAAAAGGCGGAGGCUCGUGUCUGUUUAACAGGCCAACCAAGCUGUUUGAGGCAACAGAAUGUGGUAAUGGAUUUGUUGAGGUGGGAGAGGAGUGUGACUGUGGAGCAAGAUCAGACUGCUACAAGGAUUGUUGCAAGAAAUGUUCCCUCGCCAACGGGGCGCACUGUAGUGAUGGCCCGUGCUGCAAUAACACAUGUCUGUUUUAUCCACGAGGUUACAGUUGCCGCUACGCUGUGAAUGACUGCGAUAUCUCAGAGACGUGCUCUGGGGACUCUGGACAGUGCCCUCCCAACCUUCAUAAACAAGACGGUUACCUCUGCCAGGUCAACCAGGGCCGCUGCUACAGCGGAGAGUGCAAAACCAGAGAGAACCAGUGUAAAUACAUCUGGGGACAAAAAUCUGGAGGAUCAGAAAAAUUCUGCUAUGAAAAGCUGAACACAGAGGGAACAGAGAAGGGAAACUGUGGGAAGGACGGAGACAAAUGGAUUCAGUGUAGCAAACAUGACGUAUUCUGUGGUUACCUUUUGUGUACCAACAUUGGCCGCAACCCACAGAUAGGAGUAAUAAAAGGAGAAAUUACCCCAGCUUCCUUCAACCAUCAAGGCAGGCUGGUAGACUGCAGUGGGGGCCAUGUCCUUUUGGAUGAUGAGACUGAUUUAGGCUACGUGGAGGAUGGGACUCCCUGUGGGCCGUCAAUGAUGUGCCUUGACCGCAAGUGUCUGCCCAUUCAGUCACUAAACAUGAGCACCUGCCCCACUGGACCUAAUGGACAGGUGUGCUCUGCCCAUGGGGUGUGCAACAAUGAAGCCACAUGCACCUGUGACACCACCUGGGCCGGGACAGACUGUAGCAUGGCUGACCCGCCUAAAGAGCCCAAGCCCACUGUGGAAGGACCCAAGGGUCCUAGUGCCACCAAUCUAAUAAUAGGCUCCAUCGCCGGAGCCAUCCUUGUGGCUGCCAUAGUGCUGGGGGGGACUGGAUGGGGCUUUAAAAAUGUGAAGAAACGGCGAUACGACCCCAACGCCACAGCCAUUUAACCCAAGAAGAGAUGGCAAUCACAGAUGGACUUCUCCAAGGCUUUCUUAGUUGGCUACCUGACAGCUGGACUGCACUUAUUGCUGCUGAUCUUUGGCAUUAGAUUUACUUGAAAUUGACAUAGUGGACAUUUUAAUAAAUUCCCAUUGUAGUAACAUUAGAAAGCAGCCUUUUAAAACUCCACCACACCCAUAUAACAAACCCACAACCCCCACCUCUGAUCUCUAGGUUGACAGAGCUCCUCUUCCAUCCUUUAGUGCCAGUGCGGAGGCGUUCAGGCGGAAUUCACACCACUUUUUCAACUGGCAUGACAUCCGCACACAGCGUGCUGCUUGCUGGCCCCUCCCCCGGCAUGAAGAGCCCCCUCAGCAGGGCUCUGCAUGGCUAUGAAAGCUAUGAAUUCACUGCAAAAAAAAAAAAAACAAAGGUUAAAAAAAAUCUUAUGCAGGAGAUAGCCUUGUUAAAAACCAAACCCAAUGGAAAGUUGGUUAAAGCUCCUAUAGUUCACUUUAAGGUGCUGUAUAUGAUAAAGGGGGCUGCAUGUGAGGACUUUUAAGGGCAGUGCAUUUCACAUAGUGAAUGCAAUCACAGACACACACAAUGUACAUAAAUAAGGAGAUCAGGUUUUGAACUAACUGCAUAUUUUACAAGGACAUCCAAUGCUUUUGUUUUUUUUUAUCUCAGCAUGUUGUAUAGCGGGUGUUUUUGGCAAUGUUAUUAAAAAAUGCAAUUAGGAUUCAGGCCAAAAUAUGAGCUGCACGCUGCACUCGGCCUUCUGCCGUCGUCUGGGUGGAGGCUCUGGUGUCGAGGAGAAGCAUGUCAGGUCUAGAAGAAUCAGACUGAUAUCAUGUCGGAUCAAAGUCGCAAGAGUUCCUCCCCCUAUCCUGAAGUAUCUUCAACAGUGACUCAAAAGCCAAAGAACCAAUCACCUGAACAUAUGGAUGUUGUUGCACACAGAGCACUUUCCCCCUCUGUCUGCAGCCAGUGGUGCCUCUCCUACUGCUGAGGGCAUGAAGUCUGUCUAUGCAGGCGCUCACCUGUCCAGCCAGGUCUCACGUAACAGUCCUCAUCAACACCCACUAUACUGGCUUUACCUUUUUGCUCUCAUAAACUCUUAGCAGAUACCAAGUUCAGCUCUACUGGAAACGCUGCAUGCAAUCACUAUAGUGGGCUUAUAAUUCUAUAUGGGAGUCCCCGAAAUCCGCAAGAAAAUAUGCUACAAAAGAUAGGUGCAUGUCAACAACAGAAACAUUUAACUUUUAUUUACUAUGCAAAGAGAGAAAUUGCACAAAAGUAUGGAUAAUAACAAUAUCAAUGUAGACAUGGAAUUGCAGAAUCCUCUGCUAAUCAGCUAAUCUUUUGUAUUUGGCCACUCCCACGUCUCGUUUCACUUUGCUUAAAUGUACUCAAACUGUCAGUGGACAAAUACAAUACAAGAAAAGAACUGAAUUAAUAUUUCCAAUGAAAAAGCGAGAGAGCACCCUUUUACAUCUGUGGAACUGAAAAUCAUUUUUGUGUGUUUUUCAUCUGAUCUGAUAUUUUUAAUCACACACAGGAACAAACAUGUACACUAACACACUGUAUGGUGCCUGUGCGUAUCGAAGACUGAGGUUUCCUUGUGCAGGGCUUUUCUUCGUAGUCCAGCUGAUAGUUGGUGUGUUCCAGGUGCUGCCAUAGCACUGGCAUCGUUGUAAUAACUCCAUGUAACUCAUUGUCUGGUGUCCCUCUCUCACUGCAUCAUGUACAGUUGAACUGAUGAAUAAACUACUGACAAAUUUUA